CUGACUCUAAGUUGGUCUUGUGUUCUCUCUUUUCCGUAGAUCCGUAAAAAGAACAAGGGCCCCUUUCCUGUUCCUCCCGACCGCGUACGCACACCACACCACUCCACUCCACACCACACCACCCCACAAAAUGCUCGAGGCCGUGGGGAACGACAGCUCCACCGACGACGUCAUGGCUGCCAUGGCCGCCAUGGCUGCAGUUGCCGGGGGCGACGUGACUGACGGUGACGGGGGCGCGAACUGUACGGGGCUGUACGACCACCGCAGCGUGGCACGCGUCCUGAUGCCCGUGCACUACGCGGUGGUGUUCGCCCUGGGUCUCCUAGGCAACAGCCUGGCACUGCACGUGAUCUGGACGAGCCGCGUGAAGAUGAACGCCACCACCACCUACUCGGCCAACCUGGCGGCCUCCGACGUCCUGUUCGCGCUCUCGCUGCCUCUCAGAGGACUGUACUACGGGAUGGGCUUUCACUGGCCGCUCGGAGAGGUCGCAUGCAAGGUGACGGGUCUGCUGUUCUACAUCAACACGUAUGCAGGCGUCAACUUCAUGACGUGCCUGGCACUGGACCGCAUGGUGGCGGUGGUGGGUCCCCGUCACCUGGUGAAGCUGCGGCAGGUGGGCACGGUGCGCUGGAUCUGCCUGGGCGUGUGGUUGCUGGUGGGCGGCCAGACGCUGCCCUUGCUGACCAUGCAGAUGACGCGGCAGGAAGCGGACGGCCACAUUUCCUGUAUGGAGUACCCGAGCCUGGAGGCCGCGGCGGGCGCCAGCCUGCCCUACACGCUGAUCGGCGCCGUGAGCCUCGGCUACGUGGUGCCCACCGUCACCAUCCUCGUCUGCUACUCCGUGCUGUGGCGUAAGCUGCGCAGCGUCACCCGCGGCAACCAGCUGUCGGAGCGCUCGGGCCGCGGCCAGAAGGCGAUGGGCGUGACGGCGGCGGUGGUGCUGGUGUUCCUGGUGUGCUUCACGCCGUACCACCUGGACAUACUGCAGUACAUGAUACGCAAGCUCAUCUACCAGCCCGGCUGCGACCAGCUGCGGUCCUUCCAGGUGUCCCUGCACGUCACGGUGUGCCUGAUGAACCUAAACUCCUGCCUGGACCCCUUCGUCUACUUCUUCGCCUGCCAGGGCUACAAGCGCAAGAUCAUGACGGUGCUGAAGCGCAACGUGUUCUCCAAGAGCAUCUACUCGUCGCCAGAGAGCUCCAACUCCCUGCAGAACCGAGACAGCAGGUACAGCGUCCGCGUGCGGCUGAACAGCGCCAAGGGAAAAGAGGAGUCGUCGUGAUGUGAUGACUCAAAAUAGGACUCGACAUACAUACAUACCGUCGUUGCCAGAGUUCAGAAUGCUCACGUGCCUGCCUGCGGCCAAACGGUAGGGGCCCUCACGGUAAACUGCAUCAAGUGCGCAGUUACAACUUCCAGCCAUGGGGGCAGCCUAGCCUAACGCUGAAGUAGGCUUUGUCAGUGGGUUCUUUGAGAGAAAUCUCGGACUUCUGACUUUUUUUUAUAUCAAAGCAGCAGUGAAGCCUCCGCUAAAUUCCAGGACAUAACAGAGACAUAACAGGCCUGCUCUGUAAUAGAAUAUGAUUUUGAAAGCCCAGCUGGGAAACUUCAACUUCCAUUGUCACGAUGACACAGCACUCCACAGUUCACAAGAGAACACUGCACACUGCACACAACGAAAUUGCAUUUAUGCCUCACCCAUGCAAGGGGGCAGUCCCCAAUGGCGCCCGAGAGGGAGCAGUGCGGCAGGACGGUACCAUGCUCAGGGUAACUCAGUCAUGGAGGAGGGCACUGGUUAAUUACUCCCCGCACCAACCUGGCAGGACGUGAGUCAAAGCUGGCUUUGGGCUACAAGUCUGACGCCCUAACCGCUUACCCAUGACUGUCCAUUUUGAAUAUCACCAGAGAUCUCUAACUGCAAACAGAAGCGAAGCAGCUGGUAGUGUCCGCGUGCGACUGAACAGUGCCAAGGGGUAAAGAGGAGUCAUGGCAACACCAUGGCAACCAUGGCAACACCAUGACUCAAAGAGGAUUCGAGGAAAAACAUGCAAAUCAACCCAAACAAUUUUGGGAGCCUUGACAAUGACGACGACUCUUUGGCAAGUGUUUUUUGUCUAAUGGAGGCUGAACUUGUAGGGUUCUUUCAUUUCGUCUUCUACUGUGGCCGUUGCAGAACAUGCGAAGUCGUUUCACAGCAGGACAAUAUUUCUCAGGGUGGUGUCACUGACUGUUCUACCGUGUUGGAUAAAAGACUCUACAAGCUUCCCGUUCAGCCAAUCAGAGGAGUUUAUAUAUUGCUUUUUUUUUACUCCUUCGAGCACUCAAAACGUUUUAAAGGACAUCGCUUGCCUCACAUUCACCCAUUCACACUCACACUCACACACUGGUGGCCGUUGCUUCCAAGCAAGGUAGCAACCCUGCCACCAGGAGCAAUUUGGGGUGAAGUAAGUGAUCUUGCUCAAGUACACAUUGAUGGGGGUCAGAUAGAGCAGGGCUUGAACCUGCAACUUUCUAAUUACCACAAGAAUACGGUAGCACUGUAGGUUCUGCCAGGGAACAAUAUGUUACAAAAUCUACGCAAGAACCUCAAGAGACUUAAAGGACAGGAUGGCAUGCUGUCAAGGACUUUAAGGCUAACAGUCAAAAAAAUAAAAAGCUAUGCAAGUCUGUGAAAAUGAAACAGAAUGUCUAACGCCUGUAUAUUCCGUAAACUUGAAAUGCAACAGGGUAAACGAAAAGACAAAUUCUAACUGCUGUAGUGGCUUGGCCACGUGCACCAUAAGGUUUUGUGAAUACAUGGGUUUGUACAUAGAUCUUUUCAUAUUACAAAAUGUGUUUACAUGUUGAGUAUUUGAGCAUUUCUUUUAAAAGGCCAAACAUUUCAAGAACAACACUUUAGAAUAGAGAAAGCUUUACAGACAGGUAAAGUGUUUUUCGCUUUGUCUUCGAAAGAACGCACACUUUGCAGACAAGUAAUGUGUGCUUAGUCAAACAUUUUAAGAACAACAUUUUGUGUGUAGGCCAACAUUUCAGAAUGGAGAAGGACAACACUUUACAGACAAGUAAUGUGUUUUUCGCCUCGUCAAAAGGGAUAGGGAAGGUCAGUGUGACCGAUGUGACAGAUAACGUUCACAGGAAAGAGAAGAAAUCAUACUUCCUCAAAAAGUCAGCCGACA